UUUGCUGGUGACUGACGUGGCAUCUGGGGCAGUGGGGAGGGGCCCUGAAGAGGUUAAAUGUCCUGGGCUGGCAGGCAGGAGCCAGACCCAGCUGGGGUGGAGACCCUGCAAAAUGCUGCCCCUGCCCCUGCCCCUGGCGCUGCUGCUGCUGCUUCCAUCUGGUGCAGGGUCCGAGCCGGCCAAGGCCUACAGCGCAAAGGGCCCGGGCACCUGGCCUUGGCAGGCAAGCAUCUUCCUGGACAGCCGGUACCGCUGCGAGGGGGCCCUCAUCUCCCCUGAGUGGGUGCUCACAGGAGCCAACUGCUUUGGCAGUUGGCCUCGGUCUCACUUCACUGUGACCCUGGGCCCAGACCGGCUGCAGCUGGACACCUGUGAGGGCAAGUCUGGCGUGGAGGAGCUGCUCCUGCCGGCGCGUGGGCCCCAGGGCUCUGGGCUCCGUGGCCUGGCCCUGGCACGGCUGGCCAGGCCUCCGUCUCUCAGCAGCGCAGUGCGGCCCAUCCCCCUGGCUGUCAGAUCCCAGUCUUUCUUCCCGUGGAAGCUCUGCUGGGCCCAAGGGUUUGAACCCGAUUUCGAUCCCUACAUCCUGCCCCAAGAGCUGCGCGAGGUCCCUCUGAGACCGCUGCACCUCAGCUCCUGCAGAGCCCACUUCCUCCUCCACCCUCACUGCGCUGACCUGAAGGACAGCCUGCCCAAGGGGUCCCAGUGUGCCAGGCCGCCCGCCGGCCCACCCGACCUGAUGGUGGCUGAUGGGACAGCCCUGGUCUGCUCCCACGCUGGCAGCUGGUUGCUACAGGGUGUGGUGACCUGGGGGCCCUGUGAGGGGCCCCGCCUUCCGGAAGUGUACAUACCUGUGCACCCGUUCAUUUCCUGGAUCCGAGAGAAGGUCGCUGACAUCUCCUUUGACACCUGGACCAGCAGCCGCCCUUGGACCUGGCCUCUGUCCAAGCACAAGAGGCAGUGAGUAUCCUGGGCCUGUGGAGUCCUGGGUGUGGAUCCUGGUUCCGACGCCUGCCUGCUGCUGGCAUUGUGAUCAAGACACCGUCCCCACCUGCUUGUCGGCUUCCUCCUCUAACAUGGAGGUGGUUCAACGAUUGCUUCAUUCAACAAGUGGUCACGGAGUGCCUACUAAGUGCCGGGCAACGAGGGCACGGAGGGGCGCAGUCUCUGCAGCCACCGAGCCGCGGGUCUAGAGGGAGGCGAGCAUUAGCCCGACAAUAAUAAAGUGCGAACGUAAAACCGUCA